AUGGCAGCUGCCGCCCGCCCUCUCGUCACCGUCCACGGCCUGAAGUCUGACAUGUCUGUCGACUCCACCACCACCAACCCCUCCGCCCUUCCCUUGCCGGAUGUCAUGAAAGCCUCAAUCCGACCAGAUAUCUUGACUUACGUCCACGCCAACAUCUCCAGGAAUGCUCGUCAGCCCUACGCGGUGUCGAAGAAGGCCGGCCACCAAACUUCAGCUGAGUCCUGGGGUACUGGCCGCGCCGUUUCUCGUAUUCCCCGUGUCCCCGGCGGUGGGACCCACCGCGCCGGUCAGGGUGCUUUCGGUAAUAUGUGCCGUGGUGGCCGCAUGUUCGCUCCCACUAAGAUCUGGCGCCGGUGGCACCGCAAGAUUCCGGUUAAUCAGAAACGAUACGCCGUCGCCUCCGCCAUUGCCGCCACGGCCGUUCCGUCUCUCGUGAUGGCCCGCGGUCAUCGGAUCGAAAAUGUCCCGGAAAUACCACUGGUUGUCUCUGAUUCCGUUGAGGGGAUUGAGAAAACCUCAAAUGCAAUCAAGGCACUCCAGCAAAUCGGUGCAUAUCCCGAUGCUGAAAAGGCUAAAGAUAGUCUCGCAAUUCGUCCAGGAAAAGGAAAAAUGAGAAAUCGUCGAUACAUCUCUCGCAAAGGCCCACUGAUUGUGUACGGAACCGAGGGUUCGAAGUUAGUUAAGGCUUUUCGUAACAUUCCUGGAGUUGAGGUUGCUAAUGUGGAGCGUCUCAAUCUUCUCAAGCUCGCUCCGGGAGGCCAUCUGGGUAGGUUUAUCAUUUGGGCUAAGUCGGCGUUUGCGAAAUUGGAUGAGAUAUAUGGAACUUUUGAGAAACCGUCGGAGAAGAAGAAGGGUUACCUGUUGCCUAGGGCGAAGAUGGUGAAUGCUGAUUUGUCUAGGAUUAUCAACUCUGAUGAAGUACAGUCGGUGGUGAGGCCAAUUAAGAAGGAAGUGAAGAGGGCUCCGAUGAAGAAGAAUCCAUUAAAGAAUCUGAACACUCUUCUGAAGCUCAACCCAUACACAAAGACUGCCAAGAGGAUGUCUCUCUUGGCUGAGGCUCAGCGUGUCAAGGCUAAGAAGGAGAAGCUGGAUAAGAAGAGGAAGAAUAUCACCAAGGAGGACGCCACUGCAAUCAAGGCUGCAGGCAAGAGUUGGUAUCAGACAAUGAUUUCCGAUAGUGAUUAUACUGAGUUUGAGAACUUCACAAAGUGGCUUGGUGUUUCCCAGUGAUUUUAUUUCUGCAUUUUGGAAUACAAUUAGGACCUAUUGGUGUUAAUUUCAGUGUAGUGUCGUCUUGGUGAACAGGAAUGAGUUUUUAUGUGAGGGGAAGGAAUUACAGGAAUAUGUCAUGGCGCAUAACUGUUGAGUUCCCCCUAAAAUUCUUUGGUGUAAACUUUGGUGGUUGGAGGAUUUUUUUGGUCAUUUGAAGUUGGAUUAUUGGUAUCUUUAUGGCUAUGAUGCACUUUGCUUCCCAUUGUUUGCUUUGGUCCUCAAUUUUGCUUAUGAUUCUCUUCACUUACAAUGUGAUGUAGUGGAUUGCACGGGCAAAUCUCUGGCAAUACAGAGAGGUGGUGGCGGUAUUGAUGGGAACGAUGAGUUCCCCACUGGAGGAGGGAAGAUCGAAGUUGCAACAGAAAAAAAAUUAGAAGGGUUACAGAUGUGUAUCAGGCAAAUCACCUGGGACGAUUAAGUCAGUCCUGUGAAUGAAUGGAGAGAUAAUGAGAAUUCUGAUGUGGCUAAGCGUUGCAUACCUUUGAUUUUAAGCGAAGGGUAGUAUUUAAACCCAAAGGGCUGUUUGGUAUACUUUUUGGGAGGAGUUUGGAUUGGAUUGUCCAACUUCGGGUUUGACUCCAAGAUGGGAUUUAACAUUUAAUGUUGUUCAUUCUCAUGUUUGAUAGGUAAUAUGCACAGAG